AUGCAGCACUACACGAAACCCCUCGAUAUUCGAUUUGACCCGAAACCACAAAGUUUCAAAAUUUCGGAACCCUCCCAUAAGGUUCCCAUCAGUUGCAUAUUCUUAUGUCACUUCGACAUGAAAAAGGGCAACGAGCUUGUGUGGUCCAAAAGCUCACCAUCCUCACCCGAAAUACCACUGAAUAACCUGGAGUUCAAAAGUAUACCGUCUGGUAUACAUGAAAAGCACGAGGACGUCGUCAGUUUCAUUGUAAGCAAGCAGGAAGGAUCCUUCGAGGAUGUGUUCUACGGUGUAUCAUGUUUCGAACAAAACGGGCUGGCUCUUAGUGCCAAUACAGACCAACUGGAUCGUGGCCAAGUGCGUAUGUACUCGCUCGGUGUGGUUGUGGACGUCAAUUUCAGAUACAAGGGCGUGUCAAAAUCAAAAUACUACGAUUGGAAGCCAAAUCAGUUUGUCAGCGCAACAGAGUACAUUGACGAUAUUCAGGAUCUUCUCUCGCACUGGCUCCAGAAAGAGGCAAGCUAUACUAGUGAAAACGACAGAUACGAACUUUUUGAAACGUUUUUCGAGGCCAAUUGCAUAAAGCCAGAAACGGCAGCUUUGUCAUCGCCAGUUCUACAGCGCUCAUGGCAAAGUUCGGCAACGUUUACAGGAUCAGCAAGAGCUCUACAGGACAAACAUCCUCACAUGCUCGAAUCUCUCACACAAUGGUUUAGUUUUUUGGGACCUCUCAUUUUUCCACUCUGGAAGGCCGCUUUGGUACGACAAAGAAUACUGAUAAUUGUUGGAGACGAAGUUUCAUUCGAAAAGUGUAAUGCUUUGGUAUAUUGCUUAUCCAUUUUAUCGCUAAUUCCGCACAACAUUUCUGGAAAAUGCCAUGAGCAGCCUUUGCAACCUCUAUACACUAUCGGAAUUACAGAUUUGGAAGCGUUGAGACAGCAAAUUUCUCAAGCAAUGGCUAGCAAAAAGAAUAAUUAUGAAAUCCCGGGAUUCGUUGCUUGCACAGGAGACACUAUCUUGGAAGAUCGCCCUGAAGUUUACGACAUUUGUUUGAGAAUCAAUGGCGAUGAUUCAUUACCUGUUAUCAAAAGCAGUGACGGCAGUUUUAUUAAAGCAACGCCACAUGAACUGGAACUUUACGAAAAGCUGGUACCCGCUUAUAUGGGAUAUGAACUAUCGCACGAAGAGAAGGAGAAAAUAAGCAAGUUGAUAGAACCUACAACUUGGUCUCAGUACGUUAUCGAUGGUUUUUACUGGUGGGCUACCGCAGGAUACAUGAAGCCGUCAUACCACGAAUCUGACGAAAAUUUCCAGACAGAUAUAGACAUAGAACGCGACAACAUUGAAACAGUGUUGUCAUUGGUUGGAUAUUUCCACGGAAGGAUAUCUGCUCUUCAUGAUGCUUUGAAAAAUGCUCUAGAGUCAAGCGAAGACGAGAUCGUAACGGUUUCCCCGGUUUUUCUUACCACGCAUUCACUCGACUGCUUUAGCCAGAGAGAUUACGAUUUUCUCACUAUAGUUUGUCGACGCUGGUUUGAUAGAGUGCUGUUAGUGAGAAGUAUCGAUUGUAAACUGCUGUGUUGA